AUGUGGGAGAAAGACUUCGACGGUGGCAGUCAGCACUGGAACCCUGGCGCCGCCGUCCGCCACUGCAGCGAUGGCCCUUCUACCAGCAAUAGUUCCUUUCUGCAUGUGACUACGGCAGGUUGGGUAGCUGCCAAACGCGACCCAGAUUGCCGAUUCUUCAACACGGAUCUCGAUGCGCCUUCCACAAGAAGUCAGGCGAAUUUGGAGGACACUGUGGUAUUUAUGUCGAGGGACGAGCUUGAACAUUGCUCUCCUUCUAGGAAGGAUGGUAUCAAUCAUCUGCGAGAGACGCAUCUCCGCUACUCAUACUGUGCAUUCCUCCAGAACUUAGGCAUCCAACUCAAUCUGUAAGUUGCCCUUCUGUGUACUCUCGUUAUCUCAAUCUGUACAUUGUCCGUCUGUUUACUUUCUUUAUCUCAAUCUGUACGUUGCCCGUCUAUUUAUUUUCUCUAUCUCUAUCUUUAAGUUGGCCGUAUGUUUAUUUUCUUUAUCUCUAUCUCUAAGUUUGCCGUAUAUUUAUUUUGUUCAUCUCUAUCUUUAAGUUGGCCGCGUUUUUAUUUUCUCCAUCUCAAUCUGAAAGUUGUCCAUCUGUUUAUCGUAUUUAAGUACCUAAUUGGGUAGCUGUGGCUUCUGCUUUUCUUGAUUGUACAGGCCUCAAACGACGAUUGGAACUGCAAUGGUGCUCUGCCACCGUUUUUUUGUUCGCAGAUCUCAUGCUUGUCACGACAGAUUUGUGAGUUCCGAGUCCUUAUUUCUUAUCUUCCUUCCUUUUUAUUUUUAUUCUCUUCAUACUUUGAAUUUCUUAGUCGUCGAAUUGCAGUCUUAACUCUCUGUCCUUUUCUAAUUUUUGUGCAGUUUAAAUGGAUAUUAUUAACCUAUUAUUACGGUUUUACGAUUGCUUGUAAAUAUUUACAUCACAAUAAUGUAUUUCUGCAAGGUUUCAUAGGCAGAGCACUGCUCCAACAUCUCGUGAUAUGCUGAAGAACACAAGAGAUUUCUGCUUUGGUGAUAUUAUAAGUUUCUGUCAUAUUCUCGAGAGAUAUUUGGGAGCAGGGCAAUCAUUGGGAAUAAGGCAUCGGGCUUUUGUCGGCCCAGCUCCCAUCAGUUACUUGCUGGCAAUGGCGGUGAGCAUUGGUGAUGAUGAUUCUUUGCUCGGACAGGCACAUGAGCAUUGGCACCGAAUUCCAGAACCAUGUCUAGCUGAAGAAACUGUAGUCUUCACCGACCGCACCUUGCCUUUCAGCCUGUCACUCUUAAAUAAAUUCUGGAGAUCCCAAGAUUUCUGCACAGUUAAAAAGGGCAGGACCUUGAUGUCACCUUGCAGAUCGUUGGGAAGGUUGACAUGUACCCAGUGUCGAGCUGGACCAGAAUAGAGGCCCCAAAUUCCAAAGUAGGGUAGAAAGAUCAGAUACUACUGUUGUCUGAGAAUCUUUCCAGCUCCCAACUCUGCAUGACAUAUCUUUUUUGUUCUCCUCUCCUGCGUCACCCCUGAUGCUGCUGUGAUCCUUCCAAAAACGAUCUAUCAACAUUGUCAGCAUCCGUGGGGGAUGAAACCAACACCCCCCUCCCCCCUUCCAUUCUGACUUCCCCAACCUCAGUUCUGUGUAGCUGGUGUGCAAUUUUAAAUACCACAAUUUUUACCUGCAAAUGUUAAUCUAGCCUCAACAUGACAUUUCGUUAGUUUCAUUGAGAUGUGGUUGCUGAAAAGACUUGGGACACAAAAAUUCCUUUCAUCAAGCAGUGCUUGUGGGAAAAUUGUAUGUGCUCGGCCACUGUUUGUGGCCGUCAUUUGAAGGUGAAUAUAGAAGAGGAUUUCAUAGGUUGGAGGGAGGGUCGGCUAGAUUGCUUUUCAUUUAGAUAUACAUUUUCCUUAGAGAUGUAGCUUAUGAUUCUAAGUAAACUAGCCGUACUUCAUGACAGUGUCAUGUCUUAUCAUUCAUGUUACUCUUCGGAUGAUUAGGACGAAGAGUAUUCAUUUUCCUUAGAGAUGUAGCUUAUGCUCUGAAUUGUGAGGGUGACUUUCGGUUUGUAAUGAUGAAGGUCUUAAUUACUUGAUUUUAGGAGGCAAUCUAAUCUCCUUGGUCUUGACUGUGAAAAUAUUACAAAAUUUUCAUCAGUCAUAACCUGAAUACUCUUUUUAAUAUUUAACGAAAUGUGAAAUUAUCCACUCUCAGGGAGUGGCUUAAACCAGAAUGAACGAAAAACUUGGAUCCUGAGUUGAUUAAGUGUUUUUUUUAUUGCCUUCAAAUCUGCUGUCGUUUGUCAUUCAGUGAAGUUAUCUAGUGUCGGAAAAAGUAUUAAAACAUUAUUUUAGGACAUGUUUUUCAGAUUCUUGCCCCUUUCUAUUAAAAUAUAUGUAUCUUUAAGUUUUUCUGGAUUUCAAAAACCUGAAAUAAUUGGCUUAUGUUAAGUAUGAUUUCUUUUAAUUCUUUUAUCUCUAUGGUUUUAUAAAAGUUAAUGUCUCUUAUUUUGUAAAGGCAUGCGUUGUUUUUAAUGUCAAGUGCCUGUUUGUGGAUAUUUUUUUGACAUGUUAUCUGCAUAGCAUUCCAAUUUAGAAUUAAAUUAUUUUCGACUACUAAUUUAGUUCAAUCUGCAGUUGAUUGCAACAGCAGCUCUAUUCCUUGCAGCAAAGUCGGAGGAGACACCAUGCCCUUUAAACACUGUACUCAGGGUAUCCUGGGAAAUAUGUGAAAAACAUAAUCCUGCUGUUUUUCAAUGUUUACUCCCUAUUGUGAGUAUGCCUUUGGAGUCACUUUUAUUCAUUUUUUUUUUAAGCUUGUUUAGCCAAAAUGGACUUAUUCUUUUAGGCAAAAUGGGGAUUCAUUUUUGGCAUAAUGGCUGAUUAAAGUUCUUCACUACUUUCCAUAGCAUAUAAUGCUUGUGAAAAUCACUUUUUAUAAAAAUAGUUUGUGCGCCUGAACACUGUGUAAAUGUAACAGAUUAAAAUACAGACAGGCACCCUUGUGAAUACACUAUCCAUUCAUCACUUAAUAACUGUUUGUAGAUAGAAUGUUAGUUGUGAUGCGAAAUUUCUAGUCUGAUGCAAAUGUUGAUGUGCUCAUUUUUUCCACAAAUAUCAUUCAUUGUGCAAAAUGUGCCACUGAAUGGUCUGAGCCUUUGUGUAGGCCAUUGUUUUAAUGUGUCAUUUUUAAUGGAUCACGGGAAUUUUAGAGUGUCCAAAAACAUUAUUUUUCUAAUUAUCCCUUUUCCUUAAGGUCUUGGCCUUGGCUUAGUUGGUAGAGAGAUGUGAGGAGAGUAGUUUCAUGUAAAUAAGUUCACUCUCCAGACUUCUUUUGCUAAUUAACUCACGUCAUCAAAUUAUUUUCUAAAGUAUCUAUUGCAUUGAAAAUAAAUAUGAGCAGAAAUUUUAUGGAUUUUGAUCUGCUUUCUUUUGUUUGUUUUGGCAGGACUGGUUUGAACAAUAUCGAGAGUCUGUCAUUGGUGCAGAGCACAUGAUACUGACAACCUUAAACUUUGAACUUGAUGUCCAACAUCCUUAUACGCCUCUUAAAUCUGUCCUCCACAAAUUAGGGCUUUCCCAAUCGGUUCUGCUGAAUUUGGCUUUGAACUUAAUAAAUGAAGGGUGAGCAUCUUGGUUUCAGUGAUGCUUACAUAACUGAUAUUAUAGAGAUGCCCGUUCUUUUCUUUAUCGUGAUUUUUUUGGGAAGAUUUUUGUUCAGCUUGGUAACAUAUUUUGAGGUCUUCAUUUUAUCAAAGGAAAGACCCUGGACAGAAAGGCAUUCAGUAUGAACUUUCUCCAAAUUAUGGAUUCUAGUUGAUAUUUAAAUGGCCCAUGUAUGAUUAGUUGGAGCUGGCCCAAGUAUAUGACUCUACGAUCGACACCAAAUUUGAUUGUGAUUCAUGGCCGUUCAUUUGUACAAGCGCAAGUUUUUAGAUUUUAAAUUGACAGCCUUUUUCAUAAGUUUCCAGUGGUUCAUCAAUUCCCAUUUCAUCUCUCCAUAUCUGCCGCUGAUAAACGGGUUUGAGUAUGAUCUUCCUGUGUCAAAUUUUGUGUUAUUUCUUCUCUAGAGAAUUGUUUCUUCACGGGAUAUUGAUAUUUUUGGUUGGGAUAAAUUGCAGGAUCUUCACGAGAAUCUUGUGCUCUCCUAUGUGAUAUUCUUAGCUGGAGGAUAGAUAAUGCUGUUCAUGGAAAGCAUUGUUUUAUUGCUGAAGUUGCAAGUGGUUUAUUUUGAUACAUUUUAAUGAGAUUUGGGAGUCAAGAUCGCUAACUAGUUUUUUCCGAUACCAUCUAGUACUGCCUUCUUGGUAGUCUAUUUGUGUAUGCAUAAGUAAUUUUGAUUUUUUCUUUUUAUCAUUUUUAAUUUUUUUUUCCUAAGUUUACCUGUUUCACACUUUUUCCUUCAAUGUGAACUAUUUUUAUCAAACCCUUUUUUAUUUUCCUUUUAAUUUCCCGGUUUUGUGUCCUACAUUUCUUAUUAUUCCCCAACAAUGGUUUUACCUGUUUUUGCUGUUGAUUAUUUGAUCAAGAUCAAAUCUUUAUGGCUUUCUGUGAUUUCAACUAUUAUUGGCAGAAUCAAGCAAAUAUCCGUUCACCAUGAGUAACAUAUAUUACCAAUCAGUAAGAAAUAAUUUAGUGUUUUUAAUCUUGAAUCAACUAUUAACUAUCCACGACAUGUCUGGUAGUGUCUCAUCCACAUCUGCCUUUGCUCCAAGGAAAUAGAUCAAUCUCCACCUCCCCACCUCCCCCGAAAGAAAAAGGAAAAAGAAAAGAAAGGGACAUUACCAUUUAUUGAUACCAAAUUGAUUUCCUCGGACUUGGCUUCAUAUACUGAUUACUCUCCAAAAAUGGUUAACUUUUUUCAGUACUACCUUUUUACUCAUUUCUCACCUAAAUUUUUUUAAAAAAGAAAUCUCUUCAUCGUUCGUUUCACUUCAUAUACCUUUUAUUUCGUGCAUCUAUGCACUUUGUCUUUCCAUUUUUUUUUUUUAACUCCGUCCACCAUCUACUUGAAUGUGGAAUGAAUCCCGGGAAAGUUCAGACAAGUGGGUGAUAGAGAUGUCUCAAUAUACUUGAAUUAUUGUAAAUGUGUGGUCACGGUGUCACACCUAUAUUACCUCAAGAUGUUUGUAUUUAUUUGCAGCAUGAGGAUGGUAAAGAGAGGCCAUCUUCUUUGGAGUUGUUGACCUGGGUCCCCUUUUUUCAAUGCCCAUGAAUUGCUUAAGGGGAUUGGCUGUAAUGAGCAUCCAGGCAUCUCUCGCAAAUGCCCUUUUUUUUUUUUUUUUUUUGGGUGGGGGUGUUUACGUCACAACGUCACUGGAGAUUCCUCAUCUUCAAAAAGGUCGUCGAUGGCAAAGGAUUCCUGGCCUUUCCGAAAUUUUCUUUGUUCUCUGACUUGCGUCAGAUUAGCGGCAUUCAACAAACCUAGAUCACCCCACACGUGUUGAUUAUACAUUUUAAUGGACAUAAUUGGCCUUCGGCUGAUAAACAACCUCUAUGAUGAAGUAUGGGGUCACAGCAUUGCUGAUUUAAAUGUGGACGCUGAGAACUUCCCCUAUUCAGAAGAGGACUCUUUGAGUCUUUGGAUCUUGAUUGCCAAUUUGCUUGACAUCUUUAUGAUGCUUGCCUGUGUUGAUAUUUCCUUAAAGAGUCAAUAGCUGGACUGAGGACCAGUCAUAGGUAUGAUUUUGGAGGGUUCCUAUCGCGUCUACUUGACAUAUGACGGUCUGUAUCUCUACUGUUUCGCUUUGUACUUUAUUUUCUGGAUUUCAAUGUGCACCAAGCAUGAUGGGUCCUGAAGAUGACUAAAUAAUCAGAUGCAAUCCAAAGAGCUCAGCCUACUUCUAGUUUUCUCUCCUUGUCAGCACUUGAGGCAGAAAGAUUUAUAUUCCACUGGGCAUCUUAUUUGCUAGUUGGUAAGGAAAGAAACACUCAGUGGCUUGUUUGCUUUUCUGUAUCUCUGUGUAAUUUUUCUCUCCCAGCCUAUAAGUUCCCAAUGGUAAUGUUUUGGCACUAUGAUACGUUCUGCCUUCUGAUGGAUGGUUUAUUUACGAUUUCUCAUGAGCAUUCUUGGUUAAUGAAUUAGAGUGUAGCGGAGUCUAUCAUUCAGCAUUCAAACUCUGUAUUAUUUUUCAGAUUAAGAAGCUCACUUUGGCUCCAAUUCAAGCCUCAUCAUAUAGCUGCAGGGGCUGCAUUCCUAGCCGCCCAGUUCCUCAAUUUGGACCUCGCUUACUACCAAGGUAUCUGGCAUGAGUUUCAGACCACGCCCUCCAUUCUUCAAGGUAUGGUGUAUGGUGAUGCAUUCUCUGUACUGCGGCAGCCUCCUUAUAGAAAAAAAAAAGUGUGAUAACUACUGAUUUACUUGAAUUGCAGAUGUUGUCCAGCAGCUGUCUGAGAUUCUCUGAGAUGUGAAGCUGUUGUCAGUGACGAUGAUGCCAAUUACAAAGGUCCUGCGAGCGAUUUUAUAAUGUGUUGGGUCAGCCAUAGUCAUCAGAGUCCUCUUCUCUCAUGAGUGAUGUGAGCAAAAUAUGUCAUGGCGCGACCUUUUUUUAAUGCAAAUUUGUUCAUUAGCAGCAGAUUCUAUACUUAUGAAUGCUGUUGUACACAACUGAAGAUCAUCUCAUUUUUCCUCAGGAUCUGUCUUUGGAUGAGAGAGAGAGAGAGAGAGAGAGAGAGAGAGAGAGUCCCUAAACCCCCCAGCACUCUAGUGUUAUGCUAUUAGAGGAAGGCACCACUUAGAACUCCCAGGCAGCCUGAAGUGUGGAGUUGGUGUUUCAACGCCCUCAACACCAUUAGAUUAUAAUACAAUAGGAGACUGCUGUAUCAAAUGGCAACUUUCUCUCCAUGGUUAUUUUCAUCAUCUAAUCAUAUUGUCUGAAACCUAUUGUUGCACAAUGCUCAUGUACAUGGACCUCAUAAAAGCCAUAGUUGUUGAGUUUGGUGCUCCCAUAAAUGCUUCCAUGCUUACUGCUUCUGCCCAUUUUGUACAAUCCCAAGUGAAGGUUAAGAAACCCACAUUUUUACAGCAUCCAAAACAUGGGAGCCCUGGCUUUCCAACAUUGAGUCUAAAGUCAUGUUCAGAUGCCUAA